UAUGUCAGGCAGACAGAAUACUUCAGGUGAUUGAGCCUGUCCACCCCCGUGUAGACUCUAGUUGGUAUCGCCCAAAGUUGAAGGGUCACCCUCCCUGCGCAUGCGCACCAGUCUAAUUUUUUUGAGCAACCUGUAAACACCUUCGUGUUUUGCGUUGGUAUCAUGGGGUCUAGGCGUGAAAAGCAACGCGAUAGACAUCGUUCGAGGGCGCCUUCGGGUCCUAGGGCGACCGAGGAGAGUUCCAAGCGCGAACGUGGCGGUUCCCGGCGGCGUUCCAGCGGCAGGGAGCGCGAGGAAGGCGGGACAAGCCCGGGCGGGUCGGCGCACCAUGUGCGUGAAAACGACCGCCAUGACAGUCGUCAGAAGUCGUCUUCUCCGGCUAUGCCGGUUCUCAGCGCUGACGGAAGCCAGCAGGAAGGCGACGGCGAACAGAAGCAGCCGCCCACGGUUCAGCAAGACGGCAACUUGCCGUCUGACGGAGACAUAAGCAGUGGUGGCGGCGACGGAAGCAAGAAGACGCAUGAUAGCGAAACGGAGUUUUCGCCAACAAACGUCCGCAUCUCUGCCUUGGAGCAGAGUUUUGCGUCCAUGUCUCAGAGGCUAGAGGCGUUCCAGGAGCUGAUGUUAGCUCAAUUUGAGCAAUCUUCACCGAGGAAACGACGCAGCGCUCGUCCAGAGACGGCAGUUCCUGAGAAGCGCCGGAAGGAAGAUAGCGCUAGCGCCCGCAGUGGCAAGCAGCGCUCCCCGUCUCACGACGGGGCGGAAGGAGAGAGCGUCAGCGGUGACUCCGGCGAGCAUCCGGCGGUGGCAGUUCCUGAGAAACGCCGGAAGGAAGAUAGCGCUAGCGCCCGCAGUGGCAAGCAGCGCUCCCCGUCUCACGACGGGGCGGAAGGAGAGAGCGUCGGCGGCGACUCUGGCGCUAGCGACUCGGUGUGGAAGCCGUUCGACCCGACGAACAAGGACACCAUGCACUCAUGGGUAGCCGACGAUGUUGUCUUUUCUGAAGUAGAAAAGUACUUCAAGCAUGACCAGCAGCGCCGGGGUACAGACUUAGAGGCGUGGCAGCAGAAGUUCAGCAUGCCCGACAACGCUCCAUCCACGAUGGUUGCACCGAGUUUCAACGACAACAUAGCCAGGGCUGUCGUCGACAAUGACAAGAAGCAGGGUGAGCAGAUCAUUUCUCAUGAUAAGGCUCUAAAGAACAUCCAUUCGAACUUGGUGCAUAUUGGUACACCUUUGAUGAAUCUGUGGCAGAUGAUUCAGCGUUGUAAUAGUGAGAACUUUGAAGAGUUGCAGCUAGAGAUGAGUGACUGUGCUGGUUCAGCACUUGUGUUGCUGGGGUCGCUACAUUCUCAGUUGGCGUUCACCCGACGCACGUUCAUAGCAGAGUCAUCCCAGAAGAAGUUUAGAGACCUUUUCAAGGCAGCAUCUGAAGACCCAGAGUUCCUGUUCCCGCCUGACAUGGGGUCAAAGGCUAAGGACUUGUCGUCAGAGACGAAAGUGCUGGUUGGCAUGCUCAGCCAGGACGACCAGGGGAAGUCUUCAGUGCCGAGGCGUGGUGCUCGUCGCGGCGGCGGCAGAGCAACUGGCGGAGGGUUCAGCUACAGCUACAGAAACUCCCGCUACAUGCCACGGGCCAAUUAUGGCCAGUACAGUUACAGGGGUUCACAAACCCGACAGUUCUACAACCGCAACCAGUCCUUUCAGUCUAAGUCGGGGGACGGGAAGCAGAAGCAGUCCAAGUAACAGACACGGCUUCAGAGGGAGAAGCACGCCGGCGUUUGACCGAAUUUCAACAUGUACCCAACACUACUCAGCUACUUCACGGAGGCAGGCUAGCCCACUUCAUGCAGGAGUGGAGGCAGUUGACUUCCGAUCCUUGGGUUCUUCAGUGCGUCAGGGGGUACAGGUUGGAAUUUGCGAGAACGCCUCCGGUGCAACGACAUCUGCCAUCUUGUUGAGCAAGAAGUCCAGCUCAGAUAGAAGUUCUGAGCGGAGAGGUAGAGACUCUACUUGCCAAAGGGGCAAUAAAGGAAGUUCAGUAUCAACACAAUCAGUUUGUUUCAACUUUGUUUACA